CAGCACGUAAAACAACUUGUGUGGUAAUCGAUCCUAGGUGACCAGCUUUUGUGCUUGAUCUGACCAGGGGGAAGAUGAGUGGCUGUUUAGACAAACUUAAUUGCAGAUGUGGCUGUCUAGAUCCGGCUCUGGAAUGGCUAAAGCCGAAGAGAAACAUGAUCGCUUCGGUAGUCGCUGGAACACUGGUAUAUACGCCUGUUUAGCCUUCCCUUCCGGUCGGUCGGCCUACUCACUAUGUGCUUGGUUUGCUGUUGGAUGGUGGUUUGCAAUUGAUGCUUGUGCUGAAAGGGCAGAGCCGGUGUAUGCAGCGUUUCACAUCUGUGGAAUAUUUUCUACUAUAGCACUUUUGAUGAUCAAUGCUGUUUCUACCGGACAGGUUACUGGAGACUUAUACACAGAAGGAUGCCUUGGGAGAAAAGGUGCCCGGGCCUGGCUAUUUGUGGGGUUUGUUCUUGCAUUUGGAGGAUUGAUUGGAUCUCUGUGGAUACUGGUGCAGGAGUUUCUUGUUCCUGCUGUGACUGAUGACUGCCACUCGACAAAUGAAGGCAACAGCACAGUGACAGUGACUACUUCUCCUUCACUUAGUCAGUCCUCUGGUAACUCAUGUCCACCUGGCUUUCCUCACUGGUGGCAAGGGAUCGCUUUCUUUCUCCAGAACCUCUUCAUUUUCCUCAGGUUUGUGCAUACUACAUGUGAUUGUGGGGACUUCCCUGUCAAAACUGGUUGUUAAUCAUAUCUUGUCAUACUACCUUUAAGUUAAAUUAUAUUGAGCAUGGGGUCGUCAUGAUGGACUUUGGACUUACAAGGGGGUGUGGUCAUUGAUCAUUUGGAAGAUGUCAGCCACGCCUCCUUUUUACAUUGUUAUUUUACAGCAGUAAAAUUUGGGCCUGAUUUUUUAACAGCAUGUCAAAAUUUUCUCUCCUAUAGCUGGUCCCCUAAACAUAUCGAGGGCCGCAUUCUUCAACUGUUCAACUAAGUGGGUACUAAGUGGCAGAGCCAUAGUGCAAACGAGAUAAACAUGUCCUUGUAAAAAGGAGGUGUGGGUCCCUCCGACACAACGCAAUAUUUUUGCGAUGUCGGAGAUUCCCUGCGAUGUCGCACAACACGUCACAGAGGGCCAAACGCAAUGCAACCUUGCGUUGUAUGUUCCCAAUUAUCCUGUGCAUUUCCAUCUUGUCGCGACGCAGGAUCCUGUGAUGCCUCGUGAACCUUUCACUGCAAGUACGUUUUGUAGUAUGAUCUAGUGAGUGAAGUGCAACUGUCCACUUGUAUGUUUUGCACCACAUGAGAUUUGUUGGCACAGUACUCGGGCUGCACAGUUGUACUACUGUCAGGUCACCUUCCUAUAUAGCGACCCAGAUAGAUAUGUACCACCUUAACAAUGUCUAAGGGCUGCAGGCCUGAUGGUUUAUGUUACAAAAUAUAUCAUGAGAUAAUUCCACGCAACUGUACUACUUUUGCAAA